GCCUCACAUCCUUUGCCAUUACAAUGCUCCAGCUGCCUUCACAUUUCGUGCUACAAGAUCUCUGCGCCAUCUCUGGUCGAGCCUGCGAGCUCAAGGUCAGCCCUCUGCAGAGGGAGGCCGGCGCCCUCGCGACCAAAUGGUUUGACAGCAUCGGCGUUUACGAUGAGAUCAAGUUCACCAAGUUCACCAAGUUCGGCAAAUUCGACCUCUUCGCUGCGCUCAGCUUCCCCGAAGCCGACCUCAGACAUCUCGAGACUUGCCUCAUGUUCUUCUUCUGGGCGUUCUCGACCGACGAUCUCUCCGAUGAGGGCGCCCUUCAGAACAGACCCGACGAAGUCCAAGCCGGCCACGAUGUCUCCAACGCUGUGAUUGACCACCCCGAAGCUCCUCGGCCGGCGUACCCUUACGCUGCGAUGCUCUAUGAUCUCCUUGAACGGUUCCGUGAGACAGGAACAGAAGGGGCUUACGCUCGCUUUAUUCGGGCCUUUGAGGAUUGGAGCGAGUCGCAAGUACAGCAGUCUCAGAACCGGUCCGAAGACAGGAUGCCAUCGAUACACGAAUUCAUCCUUAUGCGUCGUGCUACCAUUGGUGGUGCCAUGGUGGAAGCUAUGAUCGAGUACUCGCUUGACAUCGACCUGCCCGACUUCAUCUUUGAGCACCCGACAAUCAUUGCCAUGUCAGAAGCUACUAAUGAUAUCAUGACCUGGCCUAACGAUCUCUGCUCCUUUAACAAAGAGCAAGCCGAUGGUGAUUACCAGAAUCUCGUGUUCAUCAUUAUGGAAGAGCGCGGAGUCGGCCUCCAAGAGGGGAUCGACAUCCUCACGGACAUGCUCUCGCAACGCGUGGAUGAUUACCUUGCCCUGAAAGCUUCGUUGCCCUCGUUCGGCCCGAAGGUCGACUACGAGCUCGCACGCUACCUCAAGGCGCUUGAGCACUUCACGCAGGGCACCGUCCUCUGGUACUACUUGAGCCCACGCUACUUCCGCACUGUCGACGUCUCGAACCGGCACAAUCUGGUGGUCCCUCUUUUUCCGCAGUCCUUUCAUUGAGAAAGAGCAUGAAGAAGCAAAGGAAUCGCCGUCAUCUCCAUCUGCCGCUACCUCGCCCUCGCCGUCACCACCACGAUCACGAUCACGCUCUCCAUCUCCAUCGAUACCACUGCGCUCCCCGCUACCUCUGCAUCGAUCGUCACUCCCCGGAAACAUACACGUCCUCCUCAACACGAAGUCCGUCACGCCUCACGACUAUCACCGUUCUGAAAUCGCUUUCGCACCUGUAGUACCUUUGCUUUCGUCAAUGGGUAUAUUUAUCGGAGCUAGUACUGUAAC